AAAUCUGAACAGUGGAAAAACCUUUAACUGUAAUAUAAUAAAUACUGCUUAAAUACUGUAAUUUUCUUACACGAUUUUUAAAAAUUAAUUGUAGAUACUAUACAAGCAAAGAUUGAAAGGUGGUUUAGCCCAUGUAAUAUAAUGGCUUCUGGUUCUAAGAAUGAUGUUGUUAAUAGACUGUCGAAUGUAAAGAUCGCCGAUGCCGACGGCGAUGGAGACGAAGAGCCACCACAAAAUAUGCUUCCCUCAAAUCAGCAGGCACGCCAAAGUGGACACGACGAAGAGAUGGUCCGUUCUAUUGACCCUAUGCCUUCCUCUUCUGCCAUUGAAAACUUACCAACUCAUAACACAGGUGGACGCUUACACAACUGGCAGGCAACAAAAACAACUGUAAAAGAACGUUUAUCAUUCUUAUUUAAUAACGAAAUCCUCUCUGACGUGCAUUUUAUCGUUGGUAAAGACGCCAAUCAGCAGGUCAUUCCAGCGCACAAGUUCGUACUUUCGGUUGGAAGCGCAGUUUUUGAUGCCAUGUUUAAUGGUGUACUGGCUACUAAGUCUGACGAGGUGGAGCUCCCAGAUGUGGAACCCGCGGCUUUCCUACAUUUGUUAAAGUUCCUGUACUCAGAUGAAGUACGAAUUGGCCCAGAGAGUGUGAUGACAACAUUAUAUACAGCAAAAAAAUAUGCUGUUGCUGCUUUAGAGGAGCACUGUGUAGAUUUUCUGAAGAGCAAUUUAGGUACAGACAAUGCUUUCUUGUUGCUCACACAAGCUAGAUUGUUUGAUGAACCACAAUUAGCUGCACUUUGUUUGGAAAUGAUUGAUAAAAAUACUGCGGAUGCUUUGAAUGCUGAAGGAUUUACAGAUAUAGACCAAGACACUUUAAAUGCUGUCUUAGAAAGGGACACUCUCAGAAUCAGAGAAGCUAAAAUCUUUUCAGCUGUCCUUCGUUGGUCCGAAGCAGAAUGUAUAAGACGUCAGCUUCCAGUGACCCCAACUAACCAAAGAACUGUUCUUGGCAGAGCCUUCCAUGCUAUACGGUUUCCCCUCAUGUCAGUGGAAGAAUUUGCUAUGGGUCCUGCCCAAAGUGGUCUUUUAGAUGAUCGGGAGAUUGUACAAGUUUUUCUUUAUUUCACUGUCAAUCCAAAACCUAAUGUUGGAUUUCUGGAUACACCCCGCUGUUGUAUGACUGGAAAAGAGUUGACAGUGAACAGGUUCUCACAAACAGAAUCCAGAUGGGGCUACAGUGGGACAACUGACCGAAUCAGAUUUACAGUGGAUCAGAGGAUUUUUGUUGUUGGUUUUGGGUUGUAUGGAUCAUAUUUUGGACCAAGUGAAUAUGAAGUGCACUUGCAAAUAAUCCAUCUGGCAACAAAGAAAGUGUGUGGAUCAAAUACAACUACAUUUUGCUGUGAUGGAACUGAUGAUACUUUUAGGGCAAUGUUCAAAGAACCAGUUGAAAUACUACCUAACACUUCUUACAUUGCUAGUGCUAAAUUAAAGGGCACUGACUCGUACUACGGAUCAAAAGGUGUUCGUCGCGCAACAGUUGAUUGCAACAAUGGUGAAAAGGUGGUGUUUCAGUUUUCGUAUGCCGCUGGAAAUAACAAUGGUACAUCUGUUGAAGAUGGCCAGAUUCCCGCCAUAAUUUUCUACAUUUAACCCUCGUCGCCCGUGAGGCUUCUUUCGGACCUGAUUCUAUAUGGAAAGCUCGCUAAGGUCGCCAUUGUUUUGGGAACUGGCAACAUUCAUAUGUAAGUGUAAAUACGGUUUUGACGGACUGAUCAAUGGCUAAGAAAUACUUUAAAAAGUGAGUUUGGAAAAGGUGAAAUUAAACUGUAUAUUGUAGCUUAGAGGAUAGCAACUUUCAAAAUGUUUAUAAGUCCAAAGUAUUUAACAAUAUAUAAUGAUUAAUUGUUUAAUAUGAGAGAAAGAAAAAAUACAAUAAACUUUUAAUAAUUGUACUCCAGUAAUAGUUGGAAGGUGUUUAUGAGAUUGAUACAGCUUUAGAAAAUGAUGUGUUUAACAUUAGAAUCUUGAACAUUUAGGGCCUGUUUCCCAAUGUAUGGAUAAAGUGCCAAAUAGCUAUGCAACACAUAAA